AUGAAAUUGUUUGUGUUUUCUUUAGCAGCUGUGUGUUUGUGCAGUGCUGCUGUGAUUGCAGCUCCAAUCAGCGAUAAUGUGGUCAAUGAGGAUGUUCGAGACAUUCGCAUGCCAAAGGACACAUCCUAUGUUGAUUUUAGCGGUAUGGGAUUCCUGCAAAAAAGAAGAAACAGGCAUGUAAAAACCGUCGUUAAAUACAUGACCAAGAACAAGAAACUCAAAACAACAUUGACGCUGACUGUCAAGGGCAAACCUCGUAAAACUGUGUUCACCACUACAUUAAAGCACAAUAACAACAGAAAGCAUCGCAAGACAACCAAUAGCAAAUCUAAAAAGAGCAAUAAAAGGCAUUCCAAGAGCAGCAAGAAAAGGCAUUCAAAGCACACCAAGAAAACGCACAUCAAGAGCACUAGAAAGCACAGCGACAAACACAAGCAAGGGAAUAAUGAUUCAAAUGACUAUCCCAAUGCUGGUAAAGGCACUUUUUUUUCGCCAAACAGAGGCUCUUGUGGCUGGAAGAAUACAAAGAAUGAUUUGAUUGUGGCUGUCAAUGCACCAGACAUGGCAAACAAGAAGCAUAAAUCAGAUGAGAAUCCCAAAUGCGGCCGCAUGGUUGAAGUUGUCAAUGCAGCAGGCGAUAAAGUCAAGGCUCAAGUUGCAGACACGUGUCCUGAAUGUAGUAAAGGCGACUUGGAUUUGAGUCCUGCUGCUUUUAUCAAGUUGGCACCUUUCAAGCAAGGCAUUGUGAAAAUCAGAUGGAGAUAUCUGUAA